AUGUCUAUCUCAAAGGUGCCUCGGGCAAAAGCCUUAUACAACUACCGAGGGCAGAAUCCUGGUGACCUGAGGUUUAAUAAGGGAGAUGUCAUCCUUCUCCGGAGACAGCUGGAUGAGAACUGGUACCAGGGGGAAAUCAAUGGAGUCAGUGGGAUCUUCCCAGCCAGCUCCGUGGAAGUUAUCAAGCAGCUGCCCCAGCCACCCCCACUCUGCCGAGCGCUCUACAACUUCGACCUACGACACAAAGACAAGAGUGAGAACCAGGACUGCCUGACCUUCCUCAAGGGUGAUAUCAUCACGGUGAUCAGCCGAGUGGAUGAGAAUUGGGCAGAAGGCAAGUUAGGGGAUCAAGUAGGCAUCUUCCCGAUCUUGUUUGUAGAGCCAAACCUCACUGCAAGACACCUUCUAGAGAAGAACAAAGGCCGGCAGUCAGCCCGCACGAAGAGCCUGUCACUGGUGCCCUCAUCCUCCCAAGGCAAAGCAACCAACACGCCCACCCUGCGAAGGGGCCCUGGGCCCAGGAGGAAGGGGCCUGGCCAGUUCUCCAUCACAACAGCCUUGAACACUCUCAACAGGAUGGUCCAUUCUCCCUCGGGGCGCCAUAUGGUGGAGAUCAGCACCCCAGUGCUCAUCAGCUCCAGCAACCCCUCUGUGAUCACCCAGCACAUGGAGAAAGCAGAUGUUCCUCCCAGCUCUGUGGGGCAGGUCAGCACUUACCACCCUGUACCUGCCUCCCCAGGACAUUCCACGGCCAUCGUCAGUCUGCCCGGCUCCCAGCAACACCUCUCAGCGAACAUGUUUGUAGCCCUGCACUCCUACUCAGCCCAUGGACCGGACGAGCUGGACCUGCAGAAGGGAGAAGGCAUCAGGGUCCUGGGCAAGUACCCGGACGGCUGGCUCAGGGGCGUCUCCUUGGUCACUGGGCGGGUUGGCAUCUUCCCCAACAACUAUGUCAUCCCCAUUUUCAGAAAGACAUCUAGUUUUCCAGAUUCUCGGAGUCCUGGUCUCUACGCCACAUGGACAUUAUCCAACUCCUCUGUGUCAUCCCAAGGCAGCAUUUCAGAAGGUGAUCCCCGGCAGAACCAGCCCUUCAAGUCCGUCUUUGUGCCCACCGCCAUAGUCGACCCUGUGAGGAGCACGGCCAGCCCAGGGACUUUAGGACGGGGCUCUCUUCGGAAAUCCGGGCAGAGCAGCAUGAGAAAGAAUGGAUCCCUGCAGAGACCCGUCCAGUCAGGGAUCCCCGCCCUCAUGGUGGGCUCCCUCAGACGCAGUCCCACCAUGGUCGUACGGCCUCAGCAGUUCCAGUUCUACCAGCCGCAGGGGGUCUCCUCCUCAGCCUCGACAGUGGUGGCAGAACUGGGACCUAAGCCCACUCCCACUGGGGAGCCUGCCCUCACAUGCGUCAGCAGGGGCAGUGACACCAGGAUCCACUCUGCAGCCAGUUCCCUCAUCAUGGAAGGCAAGGAAAUCCCCAUCAAGAGUGAGCCUCUACCUAAACCACCUGCAUCUGCCCCACCAUCGAUCCUGGUGAAACCAGAAAACUCAAGAAAUGGCGUCGAAAAG